AUGCUAAAGACGCAAUCAGCUAGAAGAAUAGGAUUCGUUGGGAUACGCUCUCUGUCAACGGGCAAAUCGACAUUGACUGAAUAUUUACAAGAUCCAAAUAAGUUAAUAGUUAUCCCGAUAACAUCCAGGGAAAGCUUCGUUUAUUUUAAGCAUUCGCCAACAUUAUUAAACAAACAAUCCGCUUUGAUCAGAGGGGAGAACUAUGUUAGUGAUAAGUGUGCCAAAUUAUGGAAGAGAAUGCUCACGAGUCCGAAGAAAAUUAACAAGAAGAUUGUCUCCAUGGUACAAGUGUUCUUGGAUAAUAUCCAUUGGCAAGAGACUAGUUUGAAGACUAUUCCCGGUGAAAAUCACCUCCUGAAACGAAUAAGGGGACAGAAUGAACAAAAAGUGACAGCUAAGCAGUACCUGAAUCUCACCACCAAUAAUGAAAAUACUCUCGAAAAGAUAAGAAUGGAACCCAUAUCAGUGUAUUACCCCGGUGGGUCCAUCAUCGGAAGGGACAAGGUGGAAAUGCAAAUGACCAGAUUGUACGAGAAUGGCAUACAAAACCAUAAGAAAUACAUGUGGUACUGUUUGUUGGGAGUACCAUUAACAUUACCUCUAGUGUUGAUUCCGAUAAUCCCCAAUGUUCCGGGAUUCUACCUGACAUACAGAGCAUAUUGCAAUUGGAAGGCGUACAUGGGUGCCAAGCAUUUGAAGUCCAUGUUGCGAAACAAAGACACUGUUCUGCAGUUCAAGCAAUUGGAAGGGUAUGAUUCUGUCGUUGCUCGGGGAGCGUCAAUGGACAACAUAGUCUCCUUCCUGAAGAUCGAUGAGAUGAGUAGUCAUUUGAAUGAAGCUCAACGUCAAGAAACAAAUAAGUUGUGA